AUGUUUACAGGGCCAUCGGAAGUUCUCAUCAAGCUCAAUGUAACCGGACUGUGCCUGACCGACGUGCAUUUUAUGAUGAAUGAUUGGACGUUCCCAAAGAUGUCGGAGCUGUGUCUUUCUUGUGCAGGCCACGAAGGCGCUGGAGUAAUUGUGAAGGUUGGCGACAGUGUGAAGAGUUUUAAAGUCGGCCAACGAGCGGCAUAUGGUCCAAUACAUAGCACAUGCAGCUUGUGCGACUCCUGCAAGUCUGGAAGGGAGACAUACUGUCAGCAAGCAGUCUAUACGGGUGGGACAAUUGACGGAACUUACAAGCAGUAUUGUGCUGUCCCAGAAGGCUUUGUUCAUGUGCGCAUUGAUCAGGAAGUUUCUGACUACGUGGCAGGGCCUGCCAUGUGCUCUGCAGGUACCAUGUACUCUUCUCUGAAAGAAUCCGGACUCAGAGCCGGCGACUGGGCUGUCUUUCCUGGUGGAGGUGGUGGAACAGGCAUCCAAGGUGUACAGCUGUCUUGCGCCAUGGGUAUACGACCUGUUGUGGUUGAUACGGGCGAAAGUCGCCGAUGCCUCUCGCUCAGCCUUGGUGCUGAGUAUUUUGUCGAUUUUGUGACCGAGUCAGACCCGGUCCAAAAGAUCUUGGAAAUCACCAAUGGAGGUGCUCACGGCGUGUUUGUUAGUGCUGUACAGGCUUAUCCCGUCUCGCUUGACUACCUUGGUUCACGUAUCGGUGGAGUGGUAAUGUGCGUCGGACUGCCGCCCAAGGGCAGAUAUCACAUUGAUGCGGAUCCUACUCAGCUUUGCUUGAAGAACCAAUCAAUCAAGGGUACCCUGUCGAGCGGUCGGAAGGAUAUAGCUACGACACUGGACUUUGCGAAACGAGGAAAGAUCCACCUCGAGCCUGUUGUGGUUGGGCUGAGCAAGUUCAAUGAAGCAGUCCAAAGGUUGAAACGUGGACAAGUUGCAGGGCGCAUAGUGGUAGACUUCAACCUUGCAUGA